AUGGCCGACAAACAAGAAUUCCUUCCAGCCCCACCAGCAGCACCUCUCACCGUUAAUCACAUCGACUGGCGCUCCACCGCUAUCCCAGAAUACAACGGUCGGCUCGCGUGCACGAUUGACGGCGUCCUCACUCCAUCUGAAUGUGACGGAUUGCUGAAAUUGGCCGAGUCCAGCGUCCAAGCCGACAAGCCAUGGCAACCAGCCCUCAUCGGCCUGACGCCCGGAACGCAGAUUGCGUCGCGCCCAGGGUACCGUGAGAGCGACCGCAUCAUAUGGUGUGAUCAGACCGUCACCAACAAAAUCUGGGCAAGAUGCAUGUUGGUUGACGGACUCGAGGCGCUGUUCGCCACGGUGCCCCAGCAAUACGGCAAGGUGAGGCAAGGCGAGUGGAGGUUCGAGCGACCCAACGAGCGCAUGAGCUUCCUGCGCUACGGCCGUGGCCAGUACUUCAAGCCACACUGCGACGGGCCGUACUACUACGACGCCGACGACACCGAGUACCAGACGCAUUACACGCUGCAGCUCUACCUCUGUGAGUCUCGCGCGGACUCGCCGGAGGGUGUCCUGGGCGGCGCUACGUCUUUCCUUGCCAAAGACAAGAAACGCCGCGUGGACGUACACCCCAAAGCUGGUCGCGUGCUCAUCUUCCAGCACGAAGGCCUCCUGCACGAAGGCGCCGAGGUGAGAGAGGGUAUCAAGUACACCAUGCGGACCGACGUCCUGUACAAGUGGAUCCGAGACCAAUAG